AUGUCUAUCUUACUUAGUAAUGGUGCAGAUGCUAACCUAGCUUUGAAUGAUGGUACAACACCUCUUAUGAUAGCUAGUGUAAAUGGCCAUAGUGAUGUCGUUCAACUGUUACUAAAGAGUAAUGUUCCAAUAAACACCCAGAACAAUAAAGGAGUUACAGCAUUUUAUCUUGCCUGCACAAAUGGUCGCUUGUCAGUCAUCUCUGCCUUACUUAGUAAUGGGGCAGAUCCUAACCUAGCUAAGAAUGAUGGCACUACACCUCUUAUGAUAGCCAGUAUAAAUGGUCAUGGUGAUGUUGUUCAACUAUUACUAGAGAAAGGUGUUUUGAUAAAUGUCCAAAAUGAAAAUGGAUCAACUGCUUUUUUUGGUUCUAGCCAAAAUGGUCAUUUAUUGGUCAUAUCUAUCUUACUUAGUAAGGGAGCAGAUCCUAACCUAGCUAAGAAUGAUGGCACAACACCUCUUAUGAUAGCCAGUCAAAAAGGCAAAUGUGAGGUUGUUCAGCUAUUACUAGAGAAAUGUGUUUUGAUAGACAUCCAGAGUGAAAAUGGAUCAACUGCUUUAUUUUGUGCCAGCCAGAAUGGUCACCUAUCAGUAAUAUCUACUUUACUAAGUAAUGGAGCAGAUCCUAACCUAGCUAUGAAUAAUGGUACAACACCUGUUAUGAUAGCCAGUGUAAAUGGCCAUAAUGAUGUCGUCAAACUAUUACUAAAGAAAAAUGUUCCAAUAAACACCCCGAACAAGAGAGGAGUGACAGCAUUUUAUCUUGCCUGCAUGAAUGGUCGUUUGUCAGUCAUCUCUACCUUACUUAGUAAAGGGACAGAUCCUAACCUAGCUAAGAAUAAUGGCACUACACCUCUUAUGAUAGCCAGUCUAAAUGGCCAUAGUGAUGUUGUCAAGCUAUUACUAGAGAGCAAUGUUCCAACAAAUAUCCAGAACAAGAAAGGAGUGACAGCAUUUUAUCUUGCCUGCAUGAAUGGUCGUUUGUCAGUCAUCUCUACCUUACUUAGUAAAGGGACAGAUCCUAACCUAGCUAAGAAUAAUGGCACUACACCUCUUAUGAUAGCCAGUCUAAAUGGCCAUAGUGAUGUUGUUCAACUAUUACUAGAGAAAAGUGUUUUGAUAAAUGCCCAGACUGAAAAUGGAUCAACUGCUUUUUUUGGAGCCAGCCAAAAUGGUCACUUAUCAGUGAUAACUGCUUUACUAAGUAAUGGAGCAGAUCCUAACCUAGCUAUGAAUGAUAGCACAACACCUCUUAUGAUAGCCAGUGUGAAUGGCCAUAAUGAUGUUGUCAAAGUAUUACUAAAGAACAAUGUUCCAAUAAACACCCAGAACAAUAAAGGAGUUACAGCAUUUUAUCUUGCCUGCACAAAUGGUCGCUUGUCAGUCAUCUCUACCUUACUUAGUAAUGAGGCAGAUCCUAGCCUAGCUAAGAAUGAUGGCACUACACCUCUUAUGAUAGCCAGUAAAAAUGGUCAUGGUGAUGUUGUUCAGCUAUUACUAGAGAAAAGUUUUUUGAUAAAUGUCCAGAAUGAAAAUGGAUCAACUGCUUUUUUGGUGCCAGCCAAAAUGGUCAUUUAUUGGUGA